GAGUAAUGCGUCUAUCGCAUGCUUAUCAGCGCACUGAGCAUGUCUUGUUUACAAUAUUAGUCGCUUCUUGCCAAUGUGAUGAUGUUAUUGUCCUUGCUCUCAAGGAUUAAUAUGAAUUGGCGAAGUAACUGAUACGAAUAGUUUGUGUGAAAGUAAAUUGUAAAAUAACUACAGAGAGUUGAAGAUUGUUUUUAGUAUUGAUUAACUCAUGUUGGUGUGUAUACAAACUGAGCGUUGCGUCACAGCCAUUAGCGCUGUGACUAUCAGUUCCUCCCCUCCGUAAUAAUUUGUUUUAUAUCAACGUCUCCAAGUAGUGGCAUAUGUCGAGUCAUGUUUUUACGGGUUCAUCAAUUGGCUCUAAUUGCAUCAGUGCUUCGUCGUAGUAAUAAAAUGGUGCUGGAGACGUCUGCACGUGUUGCGGCUAAUAGUGGCGUGGCUUCUCUGGCUGUUAAGCCUUCACCAAAGGUGACGGAAAAAUCAUUAGAACAAGAACUGAGUUUGCCUGUGGGGCCUGUUGUCGAGAAUUACGAGAACGCAGUCAAAGCAUUGAAUUCUCUGCAAUCUAACUACAGUGUGCUGCAAAAUUCUAGCAGCAGAAUACACAGUUCUGAUUCUGUUCACAUUCAGGAAACCAUUAAAUUUCUAGAAAGAAUUAAUAUUUCACUGCAGAAACUACAACAUCUUCCAGCUAUUCAUAUAUCCGGAACGAAGGGCAAGGGAUCAACCUGCUCCUUGGUGGAAUCAAUACUCCGCGCCCAUGGCUACCGGACUGGAUUUUUUAGUUCUCCACAUUUGGUAUCGGUUACGGAACGAAUUCGUCUCAACGGUGUUCCUAUAGGAACUGAAAAAUUCGCUUGUUAUUUUUGGAAAGUUUACAACCAACUGUUAAAUAGACGCAGUCAUUCGCGGGACUUGCCAGCAUAUUUUAACUGUUUGACGUUAGUGGCCUUCGAAGUAUUUUUGCGGGAAAACGUUGAUGUGGCGAUUAUAGAAGUUGGCAUUGGAGGUAAAUAUGACUGCACCAAUGUACUGAGGGAAACGAAAACAGUUGGUAUCACAUCUCUUGGGUUAGAGCAUACAGCUCUGUUGGGAAAUACGUUGGAAGAUAUCGCCUGGCAAAAAGCUGGUAUUGUGAAAGAAGGUUCGGAUGUUUUUACUGUAUCCCAACCAGGCGGAUGCUUGAGCAUAAUUGAAACUGAGUGCUACAACAAGAGAGCAAAUCUUCACAUAGUACCCGACUAUGACAGCUAUAAGUGGCAUCGAAGGCCUUAUCUCAAUACAAAUAGUAUGGCGACUAAAAUGAAUACAUCUCUGGCUAUUCAAAUCGCUCUUAGCUGGAUUAAAAAUACUCGCCCUGAGCUAGUUUCUCGGAACCAGAUAAUUCUGUCGGACAAAUUCAGUCAAGGAAUAGAAAGCAAUUUCUGGCCUGGUCGUUGUCACAAAAUACGUAAGCACAAUAAACGCAUUUUUCUGGAUGGUGCUCACACGAUCGAAAGUAUAGAAGUUUGUGCAAAAUGGUUCCAAGGUGGACAACGCAAAGACAAUCCCAAAUUGCUCAUCUUUAAUGCCACUGGAGAUCGUGACGUUUUCAAACUGUUGAGUCAUUUGACCAAAUAUGUUCACUUCGACGCAGUAUUCUUUUGUCCCAAUGUGGCUUCACAGCAGCCGAUGAAUAUUGAUUCCAUUAAUCUUAAUUUUCCGAAAGAUCAGCAAAUUCAUCGUUGUGAGGCAAAUCUUCUAUAUUGGAACAAUUUGAUGAGUCAACGGGGAACGCCGUCUCGUGUAGCAUGCGUUGAGUCGUCUGUGCACUCAGUACUAGAACAAAUUGACAAUAAUUUUUCGAAAAGUCAAGAAUGUGAUAUUUUGGUGACUGGGUCACUUCAUCUGAUAGGAGCAGUCUUAACUGCUCUAAAAAUGGAAUCACUUGUUUUAUCACCUAGCUAGAAGCACUUUUCUGUCUUUACACGAAAUUUUCUAGUAAACAUGUAAGCAGGUAGUACAUUUGGAAUUUGCACACAACAUGUAAAUGAGAGUAGCAUCAUUAUUUUUGUAACACUGCGUAUUUGUUGCUAGAAAUAUACUUUAUAAUAAAAAGUC